UCCUAGGCCAGAUGUCGGAAGACAAGGAUCUGGAUGUUCUGGGGCCAGGGAGACAGGUCCAUCAGUCUGUUUGUCACUCGACCCCUUCUCUGCCUCCAGAUGGAGAAGCUGGGGAUGAGAGUGAUUUAGCAACAUGCCCAAGGGCACAUGGUUAGUAUAUAAUGGAGAUGGGACUCGAAUCUGUGUGACUCCAGAACCUAUGCUCUUCACCAACAUUCUUAUACUGAUUUAGGUUAGUGGUAUACAAGCAGGUGGAGCUUCCUCAUAGGAAGUUAGAAAGUUGGGUCUGGAGCUUAGGAGAGAGAUGAGGUUAGAGGAAGAGAUAUGAGGUCAACCACAUGGAAGUAGUGGUUGAGAGAGUUAUGGGGAAUCCUCAUACCAGAUCUUUAAGUGGGGUGUUUUGUAACCCAAAAGGGACAGCUGGUUAGGUCAAGCAAGCAGCCUUGGACAGGAAGAAGCAUGAGAGACAGGAACAAAGUUUCUCUUCUGUUGAAGGUUUCAUAUUUUGGGAUUGACUUUCAUGAAGCCUUCAGUGCUUCAAAUUAGGAAGUGGAUAGGAGAUGAAAAAGGAAGGAGGGGAGAGACAGAAACACAAAGGAGACUUGAGUAAUUAGAAAGUGGAUGCCCCAGGCUCUGUCACAAACACCUGGAUUCCAGCUGGAACCUGGAUUUGCUGGGGACACCAGCGAGAGAGACAGGACCAUGUGGCUGUCCCUAGUUCUGCUCCUUCUCUACCUCUCAGGCUCUUUGUCCUUGACGGGCCCCGACUCUGUGAUGGGCACCUUGGGUGGCUCUUUGAGUGUGCAGUGUCAGUACGAAAAGAAAUACCAGGAGUAUAACAAAUACUGGUGCCGAGGAAACUAUGACAUAACAUGUGAGAAUAUUGUGGAGACCAAGGGAAAAGAGAAAGAAGAGAGGAGUGGGCGCGUGACCAUCAGAGACCAUGCAGUUAACCUCACCUUUAUAGUGACCAUGGAGAACCUCACUGCAGAUGAUGCUGGAUCCUACUGGUGUAAAAUUCAGAAAAUAUGGCUCCUGGACAUGUGGUCAUAUGACCCUUCAGUUCAGGUUAAAGUAUCUGUUUUUGAAGCACCAAGUAAAACCACAGAGAGGACCACAUGUCGAGCUGCAUCUGCUGGCUUUCUGGGACCAAACACCAAGCAGAACCUCAGCACCGAGGAGGUGUUGACCUGCUCCGGGUCCUUGCUCAGCAGUAUCCACUUCUUGCUCUUGGUCUUCCUGAAGCUGCCCCUGUUCUUGACAUUGGUGGGUGCUGUCCUCUGGGUGAACAGGCCUCAGAAGGGCUGUGGAGGAAGUCAGCCUGAUGAGAAAACCCCACAACACAGUGCACCGCUCCCAGGAAUGCCCUGUCCAGGAAUAUAACCUUUCAGAGUGGACAAGAGAGACCUUCAGAAUUCAGACUCCAGGGCAGGGGGGUAGCAGUGCCUGGAUUCUGGAGACACCAGGUCUUCUGGGAGUAUGGUUCCCAUGUUUCGAUGGAGAAUCCUGGGUCUUAGAGGACACUUUCUCUGAGUCCUCAGAUACAGGGAGGAUGAGUCUCCUGGGCUCAUGCUUGGGGUCCUUCUGUGCCCCAGACCCUGUAGGUCCUUGCCCUCAUGCCUACUUCCCAAAGGAAAGAAUUCUCUGGAAGUUGCUGGAAAUCCUGACCCUUUAUGCUUCUCCUUGCCACAAAAGCUUCUCAGCUCAGUGCUCUCCUGGACAAUAACCACCUCCUUCCUGCAGCCCAGAGGCUCCUUGAAGAUUCACCCUUCACAGCCUCAGUCCUUGGGCUCACUGGGCUUCAAGCUCACGUAUGUCCCUGUGAUCAGGGAGUGUAUGGCUGGGCUCAGCACAUCUCUGCCUGAGCCAACCAUGACUGAGAAACUUUAGGUUAAACUUCUGGGGCUGAUUGGAACAGUAGUGAGAAGAGGCAAUAGGUGCCCCUAACAUCACUCCUGAAAUCCCCCAAUCUGGAGGGCCUCCUGUCCACAGAGUUGAUGGACGGUCCACUUUAGAAGUCUGGCUGAAGCCACAUGUCAAGUUGGUGUUUUCCACAGGAGAAGCAGACAUGGUUUUCCAAAGACAGGGUACAGGACACAGAAGUGAGGAGAUACUUCCCCACAUUGGAAUGUCAUGAUGCCACAGCCACCAGGAGGCACACCAGCCCCGCAAAGGGCUUGGUUGGUUUUGAAUGCUUGUCAGUGGCUCCUCAGCUUCCAGAAAACACUCUGAGCUCCUGAGCCCUGUGUCCAUAGGCAGGGCUGCCACACAUGGAACCUGAGCCCUGGCAUGGCUUCCACAAGGGCAGGGCCACUCAUGGCAGAGGAGAGCUGCAAGUGGCCCAGGACUCCACUGAAGAAGAAGUUCAGCCAAAGAGGCAUAUAUGGACCAAAUAAUAAAACAAAGGCCGAUGUAGGAAACACAAUGGUGGGCAAGAGAGAAGCUUGUGAUGCACUUUAUUUUUUUUUAAAUUAUUUUUAAGUAUUUCAGUUUCUUCAUAUUUCCAUAUAAAUUUUAGAAUAAGCUUGUCUUUAUCUACCAAAACGAUCUUGCUGGGAUUUUGAUAGGAAUCGUGUUAAACUUACAGAUUUAUAUUGGGGGAAUUGACAUCUUUACAAUGUUGAUUCUUCCAGUCCAAAAACAUGGUACCUCUUGCAAUUCAUUUAAAUAUUCUUUGGCUUUGGUCACCAGUGUUGUAUAAAUUUAGUGUGUGGAUGCUGCACAUGUUCUGUUAGAUUUAUACCCAGGUGUAUCUUGUCAAGCAAGUGUGACUAGCACUGUGUGUUUCAAUUUGCUUUCUACAUGCUUGUUGCUAAUAUAGAAGUAGGAUUGUGUGAGUCUUUAUGUGUGUGUAUAUGUGUGUUUUUGUGUGUGUGUGUGCGUGUAUUGAUCUUUUAUCCUGUGACUUGUUAAACUCAUUUAUUAGUUCUAACAGUUUGGCAUUUUUUCCAUAGAUUCCUUGGGGUUUUCUACACAAUUAUGUCAUCUGCACAGAGGGACAAUUUUAUUUCUUCUUUUCUAAUCUGUGUGCUUUAAUGGUGUCCUGGAAGCCCUAGGGAGCUGCUGGAAGAUCUUAACUACUCUGGUGGCCAUGUAGGACCUGCUGUUUUCUGGCAUUUCUGUUUUUGAAAGAGAAACCAAAAGUGAAAUUGUUCAUGUUUACGUGUAAGCAACAAACUCCAUUUAAAAAAUAUUCUAAAACAAAAUAUUGUGAUCAAAACAAAACAUAUUUGUAACUUCAUGCAAUUCAUGCCUGCAGUCUGUAAUCUGUGAGUAAAGCAGAGAAAUUGCUGAA